UCAAUUGAUUCAUUAUAAUCUUAACGACUUUAUAUUUCUUCUUCUUCCUCGUCGUGAUCUUCUCAUCAUAACUCCUCACUAUUGAAACCUCCCCCUCCCCCGCGUUCGGAGCUCACCCCACCUUAAGUGUGUCCCUCAUGCUUCACUGAGCUCUCUCAUACUCGAUAACUUCAACAAUUGCCUUACGAAUCUACAAAAUAAACCGCAAUCAUGGGUGAAAUCACAAUUACCGGCUGGAAGACUCGAGAUGUUCGCUUUCCUACUUCUCUCGACGGAACUGGCUCCGAUGCCAUGAACGCUGCUGGCAACUAUUCCUCCGCCUACUGCAUCCUCGAGACAGACUCUGAAUACACCGGCCACGGAAUGACCUUCACUAUCGGCCGUGGAAACGACAUCGUCUGCGCUGCCAUCAACCACGUCGCCGAGCGUCUCAAGGGCAGGACCCUCUCCUCCCUCGUCGCAAACUGGGGCCAGACAUGGCGACAUCUCGUCAACGACAGUCAGCUCCGAUGGAUCGGUCCCGAGAAGGGUGUCAUCCACCUGGCUCUCGGUGCCGUCGUCAACGCUGUCUGGGAUCUCUGGGCCAAGACCCUCAACAAGCCCGUCUGGCGCAUCGUCGCUGACAUGAGCCCUGAGGAGUUCGUCAGCUGUAUUGACUUCCGUUACAUCACAGAUGCUAUCACCCCCGAGGAGGCUGUCGCUAUGCUUAAGGAGCAGGAGCCUACCAAGGCCAAGCGUCUCGAAGAGGCUCUUAACAACCGCGCUGUGCCCGCUUACACAACGAGCGCUGGCUGGCUUGGAUACGGGGAGGAUAAGAUGAAGAGUCUGCUUCAGGAGACUCUCAACGCUGGAUACAGACACUUCAAGGUCAAGGUCGGUGGUGACAUUGAGCGCGACCGCAAGCGUCUGGGUAUUGCUCGUGAGGUCAUUGGUUAUGACAAGGGCAAUGUUCUCAUGACAGAUGCCAACCAGGUUUGGUCUGUUCCUGAGGCCAUUGAGUACAUGAAGCAGCUCGCCGACUUCAAGCCUUGGUUCAUCGAGGAGCCUACAUCCCCCGAUGAUGUCCUCGGUCACAAGGCCGUUCGCGAUGCCCUUAAGCCUUAUGGCAUUGGUGUCGCUACUGGUGAGAUGUGCCAGAACCGUGUUAUCUUCAAGCAACUCCUCCAGACCGGUGCCAUCGAUGUGUGUCAGAUCGACGCCUGCCGUAUGGGCGGUGUCAACGAGGUCCUUGCUGUCCUCCUCAUGGCCAAGAAGUUUGGUGUGCCUAUUGUUCCUCACUCCGGCGGUGUUGGUCUUCCUGAGUACACACAGCACCUGAGCACCAUCGACUACGUUGUUGUCUCUGGAAAGCUGUCUGUUCUUGAGUAUGUGGACCACCUCCACGAGCACUUCUUCCACCCAUCUGUUAUCAAGGACGGUUACUACACCACCCCUGUGGAGCCUGGAUACAGUGUUGAGAUGAAGCCUGAGAGCAUGGAUCGAUUUAGCUACCCUGGUGAGAAGGGUGUGAGUUGGUGGACUUCAGAUGAGGCCAAGGUUAUUCUCGAUGGUGAGAAGAUUUAAUGGGUGGUUGAAAAGGGUUGGAUAAAAGGACCUGGUGUUGUGUAUCUGAAAUGCCUCCAUAAGCGGAAUAUCAUGAAUUUAUGAGUUAUCAAAUCUAACAGGCCUCUCUAUGAUGUUAAUUGUUUA